AUGCCCAGCUCAACCGCCUCGCUCCAGGUUCCGGGCCAGUCUACAGCUAUUCCGGGCUCCAGUCCAAAACACCAGCUCCGCCAACGGUCGCCGCAGGGCAAGCGAGGCAAGCCCCGGAGGAACAGCGCCCCUCAACCGCCUCGACGGCUCAAGGAACGAUUGCGGGACCUGCGCGAGCAAGUCUGGUUCUUGCCUGCAGUCUUGUUGGGCGUAGCGUGCUUCUUGGGACUUCUCUACUCUGCCAUCCGGAUAUCUUCGCAUUCCAGCGACUACUCUACCUUUCCCACACCUCGCCGCCCUCCCUCCCGCCACACUGCCGUGAAACCGCCCUCGCCGCCCACCGCCAAAGUCGUCCCCGAACCGCUCGUGCGCGCCGGCAAUGGGAACGCCAAGGCGCACGACGUCCUCGACGAAGCGGUGCGGCACGCGCUUGAGGAUGCGUGGAAGUUGCCGCCGCAUGUUGCGAAGCAGAGCGACGGCGAUGCCUCGAGGGCAGGCGAGGCGGUCAACUCUGGAGGUGCGGACGCUGCGCAGGGUGGCUCUGACAAGCAGCGCACCCUGGCAGAGCUGUAUGCGGACCUGGAGGAGUUGGGCGUGAGUGCGCACGAGCUUCAGGAGGCGCUGGACGAGGCUAUGAGGGAGUCGGGCGAGCGCUAG